AUGAAGUCCACUAAACAGUCGAAUUCUACUUUUAUCGUCAGUUGGCACUUGACAGACAACCGUCUGACCAAGGUCGUCCAUGUGCGAGCAGCACAAUCAGCGACUGCGACCACGACCACCGUGACUGGCCCGCUGCAAGACCGGUAG